AUGUGGUCACAGAACGCGCGGCGUUCGGAAAACCAGGACGCCCAGAACGAGGAGGAUGAGGCGGACCCGGUAGAUGGGUCGACACCUGCCUCGAACAGGGCAGGCUGGUCGGACUGGGAAACGAGCGACAAAAUCACCCGGAAGAAACCGGCGGGCGGAAAUUCUACGGGCGAGAGGGGGAGCUCUGGGGCCAAGAGAGGCAGGGGUGGAAAGAGCGGUGGUGCCGGUGCUGGCCGCGGGAAAGGGAAGGGAAGAGGGAAAGGGCGGGCUGGUGUUGGCAUUGGGUCAGAAGGCGAGCGGCAGCUGGACCUGGCGUCGUCGUUCAAGGCCGGGGCGCUGUCUGAGUCUACCAGGCAAGGCAACACGCUGAUCUGGCUUGCAUGGGGAUGGGCUGCUGAAUACUGCCACUUUGUUGCGGGUGCUAGCAGGGGUGGUGCUGGUGGUGGCGGCGCUGCCAAAGCAAAGCCCUCGGAGGGAAUGGACCGGGGGGAGCUAGGGGCGAUUGGUGUUUCUGAGGCCGGGGAUGAUCUCGGCAUUCCCACGGCUCCCGGGAGGCCGGCGAAGCGCAAAGCCGGGAGCGACACCGCCGGCACGAGUACGCCGGCCAAGCAUCCCGGUAUCGGCCGAACGUGGGGAUCGAAGGGCAGAGGCAGCGGGAGCGUGACUUGCUCGGACAUCGGGACGUAUCACCCGAACGGGACGGCGAUGAGAACUGUGCUCAGACACAAAGGCCAACAUGGGUUCGCGGUGGCUGUCGGCCGGUUUUGCAACGCCCGGCGGAAGUGCUCCCACCAGCCGCAGCAGCAGCAGAAGGCCAUCGAAUUUUCUUCAUUUGCGUAUGAGCCGCAGCCACCGCACCAGCAGGACGCCUUGGGUGCCGGGCAGUCGUGGGAACAGCGCGCUAAUACGAGCGGAAACGAUCGGGUAGGAGACCACACCGCCCGCGGCGCCGGCGCCGGCACCGGGCAGGUCGCAAUCGAGCACACGCUUCCGUCGACGCACAAGCAGCCGCCGGAACGCGUCAUGCAUCCACCUCCCACCGCGGCAAGCUCUCACACACCUAGCGCGAGCAGCGGGCGGGUGCGAGCGGCCCGGUCGUGGGGUGACGUUUCGAGGCAGCAAGGCAAGGGCCGCCAUGCUGUCCCAGGGGUGGGGCAAGCGGUGGGGGUGGGCGAGCCCCUUGGAGAUGAGUGGGCGUCGGGGGGGGCAAGGACACAACAGGAGGAUGUAGACAGGAACCGCUUCAUUGCUCGUGGCGUAACGGGAAGAGGCGACCAUGAUACGGGGGUGCGCGGUCCGUCUCCGCUUUCCUCUUCUAUCGGGGAGUUCGGCGGGGCGGCGUCGGGGUCUAGCGGUGGUGGUGGAGGUGGUCGGAGCUGGAAGGCUGGGGCAAAUACCAGCAGCUUCUUCGACCGAGGAGAGGUAGAGCACUCGAACAAAGGAGCCAACCUGGAAACUCGGAAACCGGCGAUGGCGACAUUGGUCGACGGCAAUAGGUUCGGCCCGAAUCAGCCGGUAGGGUCAGGCACGCCUACGUCGUCCUGGCGACCAACCGCGCUUCCGGCCGCCGUUGGGCGGAAUGAGGCGGCAUCUCAGUACAGUGAACCGAACCCGAAUUCGUCGUUCCCCCCGUCGGCGAAGCGCGGGGUCACGGACGGCCGCGGGAGCGGGCGCGGAGGGGAGGAGGCAGAUGUGGGGGCAGCAUCAACGGUGACUACAAACUCUCGCGGGUUCCAUGCUUCUCCUCUGACCUUGGCGCCAACCUCUCCGAUCAGCGCGACCGUUUCUCGGAGGGGUGGAGAUCAACGUGCCCAGUCGAGGCAACGGGUUUCAGCUCCCCCUUUGGCUGGUUCAAGAAUGACCGGAAGCCAAGCCGGCGGAGCACACGGUGGUAGGGGGGCGGCGGCGGGAGGUCUCGGGCGUGGAUGGCCGCAAGGAACGGAGGAAAGACGUCGCACAUUUCAGAGUCAUGGGGCGCCUGGCGGUGCCGUGCACAGGGGCGAGCAGAUGCAGGAAGACGGCGGGGAUUGGUUUGGCCAGCAUCCGACAACCGCGGAUCGAGGCGACAUCAACAUCAGCCACGGCAUCAAAAUCUACGGCCCACGAGCAGCGGGAGUAGAGGUCACAAGGGGGCCGACAAGGACGGCUACUCGUGCCCAAACGCCAGAAACAAGACCCACGGCCGCUGGCGAUGUUAGUGCUCCUGCGGGACAGUUCUCGGCGGGGUGCAGCGGCGGCGUAGGAGGCGGAAGCGGUGGCCGCGGCGAGGACGCGGGCGUUGCGGGGGGGGCAGUGGCUCGGGAGAACGUCGCGACAAAGCUCGACUUCCACACGGUCUUCGACUGA